AUGGGAGAGUCAUUUAUGGAGAGAACAAAGAACAAGGGCAUUGUAUUGAAAGCUUGGGUAAGCCAGCAGGACAUUCUAGAACAUCCAGCCAUUGGAGGGUUUGUGAAUCACUGCGGUUGGAACUCGGUUAUGGAAGCGGCCCGGGAAGGGAUUCCGGUGCUGGCGUGGCCGCAACAUGGGGAUCAAAGAGUGAACGCUGAGAUUGUGGAGAAGGCAGGGUUAGGGAUAUGGGAGAGGAAAUGGGGAUGGGGACUUGAAGGGUUGGCGAGUGCUGAAGAGAUAAGAAAUAAGAUUGUGGAGCUGAUGGAACAUGAGAAGGUGAGGAGUUGUUCUAAAAAGGUUGGGGAAGAGGCUAGGAAAGCUAGUGGGGUUGAUGGAAAAUCUGAGAAGGUGGUCAUGGAAAUCAUGCAGUCUUUGAUGCAGAAGAGAAACUAG